CUAGAUUGAAAACGAUCAUGACAGCCCAAAAAGCUCCAUAUUCAUGAGAGGCUGUCCCCUCCCCACCACCAAACCCCUUAAAUGUGGCCUCUAUGCUAUGCCAUGGCCAACUGAUCCUCUUCUAUCUGAAAACCAACACCCCUUUCUUCCACUCCAACCACAUUGCCUUUGCUUCCUUUCCCAGAGGCAGAGCGAGUAGUAGUAGUUCUUGAUUAGAGCAGAGCACCCAUGAUGAUAAGCCAUUGCACAAGUAGUACCCCGACACCACCCACCUUGUUUCUUGCUCCUCCUUCGAGCCGCCAGAGAACUCCGCAGCUUCUCGGGGCCAGCAGGCAGAGCUUCUUCUCAACUGGGGCUCUGUCUCUUAGGUUUCCUCAGAAGAAAUGGGGGCAGAUUCUGAGGCAUUCUAUGUUCCUGAGCACGAGGCCCGCAGUGAAGGAUGGAGCUCUGAGUGUGGACGGCAAGGAUGUGCUGACCGGCGUACCGGACAACAUCGUCGUGACUCCGCUGACUGGUUCAUCGGCUUUUGUCGGGGCCACCUCCACCAUUAUGGGUUCCAGACACGUGUUCAAGCUUGGGCUCAUUCAAGAUGUGAGGUUGUUGUGCCUCUAUAGAUUCAAAAUAUGGUGGAUGAUGCCGCGAGUCGGGGACUCAGGAAGGGACAUUCCCGUCGAGACUCAAAUGUUACUUCUGGAAGUAAAGGAACAUGAACCAUUAGAUGAGCCCAUUUAUGUUCUUUUGCUGCCCUUGUUAGAUGGAGAUUUCAGGAGCAGCUUGCAGGGAAACUCUGCAGACGAGCUGGAACUUUGCAUUGAGAGCGGUGAUCCUGCUACUGUCACAAAAGCGUCCCAGAAAGCAGUUCUCGUAAAUUACGGAGACAAUCCUUUUGAUCUGAUGAAGGAAUCAAUGAAACUCGUGGAGAAACAGAUGGGGACAUUUUCACUUCGAGAAACAAAACAGAUGCCUGGAAUCCUAGAUUGUUUUGGUUGGUGCACUUGGGAUGCGUUCUACCAUGAUGUCAAUCCCGAAGGAAUUACAGAUGGGCUUAAAAGUCUAUCGGAGGGAGGCACACCAGCAAAAUUUUUAAUUAUAGAUGACGGUUGGCAAGAUACAAGUAAUGAGUUCCAGAAAGAGGGAGAACCAUUUGUUGAAGGAUCGCAGUUCGGAGGCAGAUUGCUCAGCAUUAAGGAAAACCAUAAGUUCAGGAGACAAGAAAUUGGAGCUCCAAGCUCCGAACCGACAGAUCUAAAGGAAUUUGUUUCACAUUAUAAGGCAACUUUUGGGCUCAAGUAUGAAAGGGAAAACCUUUCACUAGUGUACUUCUAUAUUUCAGUGUAUGUCUAUGUGUGGCAUGCAUUGUUGGGUUACUGGGGAGGCCUUGUUCCUGGAGUUUCUGGGACAGAAAAAUACAGCCCUGUAAUGAGAUACCCGGUUCAAUCACCGGGAAAUUUAGCUAACACUAGGGAUAUAGCAAUGGACUGUAUGGAGAAGUAUGGGAUUGGAACACUGGAUCCAGCUGCAGCCUCUCAGUUCUAUGAUGAUCUUCACAGCUAUUUGGUUUCUCAGAAUGUAGACGGGGUCAAGGUGGAUGUGCAGAACAUACUGGAGACUAUUGGGACCGAUUUGGGGGGCAGAGUUUCGCUCACAAAACAGUUCCAGGAGGCUCUCGAGAAGUCCAUUGCAGCCAAUUUUCAGGAUAACAGCAUAAUUUGCUGCAUGGGUCAGAGCACAGACUCCAUUUACCAUUGCAAACAGAGCGCGAUCACACGAGCUUCUGAUGACUAUUACCCCAACAACCCAACAACACAGACUCUGCACAUAGUUUCUGUAGCAUAUAACAGCAUGUUCCUUGGGGAAGUUGUUGUCCCUGACUGGGACAUGUUCUACAGCCUCCAUGAUGCAGCUGAGUACCAUGCUGCUGCUCGUGCAGUUGGAGGAUGUGGAGUCUAUGUGAGUGAUAAACCUGGGCACCAUGAUUUUGAGAUACUCAAGAGGCUUGUACUUUCUGAUGGGUCAGUACUGAGAGCAAAGUACCCCGGAAGACCUUCACGGGAUUGCCUCUUCAAUGACCCAGUCAUGGAUAGAAUGAGUCUUCUGAAGAUCUGGAACUUAAACAACUGCACAGGAGUUCUUGGUUUGUUUAACUGCCAAGGAGCGGGAAGCUGGCCUGGGAUGGAAAUUGCAGUUAAGGAAAAUGAAGACAUCUCCGAGAUAUCUGGAAAGGUAUCUUUGACUGAUAUAGAGUACUUUGAAGAGGUCGCUGGGGACUCAUGGAAUGGGGAUGCUGCAGUUUAUUCCUUCAAAGCAGGUUCUCUAAGCCGACUAUUGAAGGAAGAAUCGAUGAAUGUCAGAUUGGGAGUUCUUCAGUGUGAUGUCCUCACCGUUUCUCCUAUUAAGGUUUAUGACGAGAAGGUACGGUUUGCUCCGAUUGGAUUAACAAACAUGUACAAUUCGGGUGGUGCUGUCGAGGCAGUUGAAUCUUGUAAUGAGAAAUCUACCUCUAGUUUGGUACUAUGCAUUAAAGGAAGGGGCUCGGGUACCUUCGGUGCAUUUUCUGAUAUGAGACCCAAGUCUUGCUUCGUAAACUCUGAAGAGGAAAGUUUCAAGUUCAGAACGGAAGAAAACUUGCUGACUGUUACUAUUCCUCCAAGGAUGACUUCAUGGGACCUCUUCAUUUCUUACUGAUCGGCCUAUGUUAAUGGCCAAAUCUUAUACCAACCAAUACCCCCACAGAUUUUUGUAGUUGUGGCCCAUUGAUGAAGUCACUGCAUGUAGAGCGCGGGAUGCUUUCAGCAGUUUCAUUGUUCACUUGAAGAUAUCAGAUAUUAGAGUAUAUAUAGGGGUUAUGCCAUUUUUUAGCAGCCUAUUUCGGUUUUUGAUACCAGAAAGGCUGUAAGUCUUCCUACUAUUUUCCCAUAUUCUAGGAACUGGUUUAUACAAGUAUUUCAAUUCAUAUGACAUCAUAUCAUAUAUGUAAAGCCGUUGCUUGAACAAAAUCUUAGCCAUUGAUGAAUGGGGCCACGCAACUGCAAUGAAUUCGGUGAAAGAUCUAUAGAAACUCAUGCUUUGAAAAUGAUA